AGAGUGAAAGGAGACUCGGUUCAACGUGACGUUCAUCAAAUGAAACAGAAAGUCUUUCAGAGCAACAGCUGAGCCUCUGUCCAGACAAAUGUCUCUGUCACUCAAAAGGUUUCAUCAACAACACAGCAGAGCCUCCGAACACCGGUUGUAGAGAUGUCUGCUGCCAGCUGUCUGCUGACUGAAGAUCAGUUCCUGUGCUCCAUCUGUCUGGAUGUCUUCACUGAUCCUGUCACCAUACCAUGUGGACACAACUUCUGUCAAAACUGCAUCACCACACACUGGCUUGUUAGUGCCUCCUGUCAGUGUCCCAACUGCAAAGAGAUUUUCUACAGGCGACCUGAGCUGAAGAUCAACACUUUCAUCAAAGAGAUGGCUGCUCAGUUCAGACAGUCAGCUCAGCAGAAAUCCAGCAGCAGCAGCUCAGAGAGACAAGUUUCCAAACCAGGAGAAGUUCCCUGUGACGUCUGCACUGGAACCAAAGUGAAGGCCCUGAAGUCCUGCCUGGUGUGUCUGGCUUCUUACUGUGAGACUCACCUGGAGCCUCAUCUGACCAUGUCAGGUCUGAGGAGACAUCAGCUGAUGGACCCUGUGGAGAACCUAGAAGGCAGGUUGUGCACAAAGCAUGACAAACUGCUUGAAAUGUUCUGCAGGAACGACCAGAGGUGUGUCUGCGUGCUGUGCUCAGUUACAGACCACAAGACUCAUGAUGUUGUUCCUCUGAAAGAAGAAUAUGAAGGAAAGAAGGCCCAGCUGGGGAAGACAGAGGCUGAAAUCCAGCAGAUGAUCCAGAAGAGACGAGUGAAGGUUGAAGAGCUCAAACACUCAGUGGAGCUCAGUGAUGAGAACGCAGACAGAGAGAUAGGAGAAGGUGUUGGAGUCUUCAAUGCACUGAUGGAGACUGUAGAGAGGAAGCUCAACAUGAUAAUCGACACAAUCAAAGUGAAGCAGAGAGAGACGAAGAAACAGGCUGAAGGCUUCAUCAGAGAGCUGGAACAGGAAAUCUCUGAGCUGGAGAAGAGACGUGCUGAGGUGGAGCAGCUCUCACGCUCUGAAGACCACCUCCAACUCCUCCAGAACUUCACGUCUCUGAACGCUGCUCCACCCACCAAGGACUGGACUGAAGUCAGAGUCCAUCCACCUUCAUAUGAGGGGACUGUGGUGAGAGCUGUGAAGCAGCUGGAGGAGACCAUCAGUGAACAGAUGAAGAAGCUGAUUGAGGCUGAUCUGAGAUGGGUCCAGCAGUAUGCUGCAUAUGUUAGACUUGAUCCUGAUCUAGUUCAUCCCAAAGCUCCUGACAGACCCCAGGCUAAUAACUGUAGAUGUGUCUUAUCAAAGAAUGCUUUCAUUUCAGGAAGAUUUUACUUUGAAGUUGUGGUUAAAAAGUGGUCCAUUUGGACUCUUGGAGUGGUGAGAAAGUUGAGCAACAUGAAGGAAACCUUCACACUGAGCCCCACAAACGGUCACUGGACGGUGUGUCUGGAUGGUCAGGGUGGGUACUUCGCUGCUGCUGGCCCAUCAGUCCGUCUCUCUCUGAAGUGUCGUCCUAAUAGGGUGGGGGUGUUUGUGGAUUAUGAGGAGGGUCUGGUCUCCUUUUAUGACGUUGAUGCUGCAGCUCUGAUCUACUCCUUUACUGGCUGCUCCUUCACUGAGAAAAUCUACCCAUUCUUCAGUACCUGUCAGAAUGAUGGGUCCACAAUCCACAGCUCUGACUUGGGGUGUAUUUUACGAUGAGAAGAAACACUUUUCAUUUAAGAGUAGCUGUCUGGGGUGCAUCCACCCUGGAAUUUAAAAUUAAGGCCUUUAGGCAUCAUCUGUAACAACAAGGUGGCUUAUUUAGUCAUGACCAAUGACCCGAGAAGCAGCAAUGACUUUGUGACAGGGAUGCUAUGUGAAGGACUUCUCUCUUCCUGUGGGCCACAGCAGUCCAGAGCAGCAUCAGGAGAUGUAGCACAGGCUGCGAGUGAGGAGUCCAGGAUGUGGAGGGGCAGGAGAUGAUGGAGGACUGUGAAUGAUAGUCGAUUCCCUCUAGACCGUUUGAAUGUUAUGGAAUGGUUGAAUGCUAUUAACCCAAUUUUUGCACUUAAAACUGCCAGAAUACUAUAAUCAAUGCAUGCAAUUUUUAAUACAAAUUAAAAAUGCUGAGAUGAAUGCUCUGACAUGUAGGUGGAAGAUUUAAAGACAUGAAUAUAAUCUUUAUAGAAUGUGUUCAAACAACACAUGAGGCAGUUUUGGCUGUUUCAUUACAGAUAAAUAUAAUCCAAUUUGACAAUUCUAAAUCUAUGCAAGGUAUGCAGUGGUUCUUAACGUUGGGGUCGAGCCCCCACGGGGGUCACCAGAUGCCUUAAAAAAAUAGAGAAUAUUUUUUAAACGCUAUUAAACUGUAUAUUUUAGCCAUUUGAAUGAAAAUAUAAGCAUGCCAUUAGUUAAAUAUAAAAUUAAAAUCAGUAGCUUUCGUGCUAGCAUCCCAAAUAACUGUUCCCUCAUUUGGGAGCUGACAAUCGUGUCAAACUGUUACGGGACUUUUAAACUGAAAAUAUCUGUUUGCGCCACUUUUUAACCAUGUUCCAUACCCAAUUUUGCCACUAUCACUGACAACUUCUCCUCAAUUUUUUGCACAAUUCUGACCCCUUUUUGCCACUUUUAACCACUUUUGCCACUUUACACCAAUUUUGCCUGAUUUUAACCAGUUUUCCUCACCUUUUCCCACCAAUUUUUACACAUUGUUCACACUUUUUUGUCAACCUUUGCCUAUUGCUGCUUCUGUUGACCCAUUAUUAGCACUAAUAGCCCCUUUUUACCACUUUUGACACCCAUUUUUACCUGUUUUAACCACAUGCUUAAAUGAACUUGCUCCUCCACCUUUCUGCACAUAUAUAAGGAGACUCCAGAGCUGCAGCAGAUCCACCAGAGCAGCUUCGAGUGGAAACUGUGUCAUUUCAUUUCACAACAUCAUUUGCUCAGACUGCAUUCUCUGUGAAAGGAGUGAAAUUCUGGAAUUCUCUACCUGAACAUCUGAAAUGUAUCACAAACUUCAGCACCUUUAAGAGAGCUACCAAAUCCUGGUUAUUUCAGCAACAGAGCUGCUCUCAUGUUUGAUUUUCUGUAACAUUGUCACUGUUUAAUGUUUUUUUUACUGUCUCUAUUGUACCCUGUCACUUUUUAUCUUUUUAAUCAACUGUUUUAGCUUUUUAUUCUUACAAAAGCCUUUCUAGGGAUGGGUGUUGCAAAUUAGCAUUCGCUACCAACACUAUGAUACUUGCAAUGGAUGCCUGUUCUCAGUUGUCUAUGUUUAUUGUAUCUGUCCCUAAUAAAUAAACCUUAAUAAUAAUAACAUA